CUCACACUGCGCAUGCUCCAACCGCGGCGCCCCCGACUCCGCACUCGGCUGGUUUCGGGCAUUUCCGCCUCUUUGUUUUAAACUCCGCACGGCUUUUUUCUCCUCCUCUUGGGGGGGACCCAGAGGGAGCGGUGCCCCCCUCCCCCUCCCGGCGAGCCCCCGCGUGCGCCCGCUCGCCCGCCGCCCGAGACGCAGACUUCACGAUGUAGCCCCGAUUCCAGGCUGUCAUUCACAGAAAAUGGAAAAGGAACAAGGGACAGAAGGAAGGUGCAGAAGCCAGCCAGAACUCAGAGGAAGGAGGGACCCUCACAUCCACUUGGUGGCCUGAAGCCUCCAUGCCACCAGGUGAGGAAGGACACACAGACAUCCAGAGGAGAAGCCAAAGAUGUUGACCAGGAAGAUUAAACUCUGGGAUAUAAACGCCCACAUCACCUGCCGCCUGUGCAGCGGCUACCUCAUUGAUGCAACCACAGUGACUGAGUGUUUGCACACAUUCUGCAGGAGCUGCCUGGUGAAGUACCUAGAGGAAAACAACACCUGCCCCACCUGCAGGAUCGUCAUCCACCAGAGCCACCCGCUGCAGUACAUCGGUCAUGACAGAACCAUGCAGGACAUUGUUUACAAGCUGGUGCCAGGCCUCCAGGAAGCGGAAAUGAGGAAACAGAGGGAAUUCUAUCACAAACUGGGCAUGGAGGUGCCAGGUGACAUCAAGGGGGAGGCGUGCUCAGCAAAACAGCACUUAGAUCCCCGCAAUGGUGAAACCAAAGCAGAUGACAGUUCAAAUAAAGAGGCAGCAGAGGAGAAGCAGGAGGAGGACAGCGACUACCACAGGAGUGACGAGCAGGUGAGCAUCUGUCUGGAAUGCAACAGCAGCAAACUCCGUGGCCUCAAGCGGAAGUGGAUCCGGUGCUCGGCCCAGGCCACAGUGCUGCACCUGAAGAAGUUCAUUGCCAAGAAGCUCAACCUCUCAUCCUUCAAUGAGCUGGACAUUUUAUGCAAUGAGGAGAUCCUGGGCAAGGACCACACUCUCAAGUUCGUGGUUGUCACAAGGUGGAGAUUCAAGAAGGCGCCCCUCCUGCUACACUACAGACCCAAGAUGGACUUGCUGUAAGCACAGCCAGACUCAGCCACACCCAGUGCUCUCCAUGGCAAAAUGUGCUGUGCAAUGUUGCCUCUGGGUGCCAUGCGGACCAGAUUUCUGAAUAGAGAAUAUUUAUAACUUUUGUAUGAGAGAAUCCACUCCCAACAAGACACUACCAGCACGCGUUUACAGAGGAUGAAAACACUUCGCAGUUUGCUCGUCUUCAGGUCCACAGGCCAGAGAAUAAGUGAAAUAGUGACACGUUUCCACACCACGUCUGACACAGCACCUCCGCUUGCUUUCCAGGUCUUGAGAAUCUUGAGUCCCUUUCAGUUUAAUUUGUGGAUUAGGUU